AUGUUUAUUGGGGGCGACAAUGCUUAUCCGCUUUCCGAUUAUCUAGUUGUCCCCUUCAGCGGUGUAUACAGAUUUGACGAAGACAAAAGAAUCCUCAACUUCUUUCUGUCACAGCUUCGUAUUCGAAUCGAAAUGGCCUUUGGUCGCUUGACAACAAAAUGUCGUAUCUUUCGCAGCAAUCUAAACUUCUCCCUGGAAAAGAAUAUCCGUAUUUGCAAUGUCGCUUCACGCCUUCACAAUUUUGUGAUUGACCAGCAAGAAACUGAAGAUCUAGGAAGUCUAGAAGGGACAGAGACCACGGAUCAACUUAGAACCAUGGGUGGAAUUGAACAAUUUUCAGAUCCUCGGUCUCCCGAGAAUCUUGGUUUUCCACCCAACCACGAACAUCCAGAACAACUUGCAGAAAGGCCUCCUCAGAAUAAUCAACAGGAUGAAGGAACGGACGACUUAAUGGAUGGAGCGAUGGAUGACUUAAUGGAGGAUGAAACAUCAGUCAUCUACAUCAAUUUAAGCAGGCGCGAUUCUAUUUUGGACUAUAUCCAGGAUUUGGAACUAGAACGUCCAGAUAAGAAUCGAUCAAGAAACGACAAUUAA